AUGGGGCAAGGCUUUGUGGCACAGUCGUUAACCAUAGAGAACUCGGCGGGCCCACAGAAUCACCAAGCUGCUGCAUUAUACAAUACAGCAGAUCAAUCGGCCUUUUAUAACUGCAUAUUCCUUGGCUACCAAGACACCCUCUACGCAAAAGAAAACCGCCAAUUCUACAAAGAUUGCAAAAUCUACGGCACUGUCGACUUCAUCUUUGGCCAUGCUAAAGCCGUCUUCCAAGACUGUCACAUCUACGCUCGUCCGGAAACCUUAAUCACCAUCACCGCGCAAAACCGAGCAAGCGAUAGUGAGGUCAAUGGCUUCUCCUUCCAAGGCUGUCAUGUGGAAGCCACUCCAGGGCUAACACCGCCGCAAAGGGCAAACUUGAGAGUCUUUCUCGGUCGUCCAUGGGAUAGGUACUCGACGGUGAUUUUCAUGCAGAGCAUUUUCGAUGACAUUGUGGACCCCCAAGGGUGGACGGAGUGGCCUGGAGUUCCCGUCGAUCACUUGUAUUACGCCGAAUACGACAAUAGCGGUCUCGGUGCCGACACUUCAAAGAGAGUGAAUUGGAAAGGUUACCAUGUCGUCAAGAAGUGGAUGGAAGCUGAUUGGUUUACGGUGGCCAAGUUUAUUGAUGGGAAUAGCUGGUUACCUGAAACUGGUGUACCUUAUAGGAGUGGAUUACGUAUUGUAAGUUGA